GUGUUGUCCAAGGAUGAUAAUGGUGUUGUGUUGUCUCUGGGAGCAGAGAGCCAAAGGUUGAUUGUUAGCGCCCGUCCAUUUAGGCUGGACAUCAUGGAGGGGCCAGAGGUGCUGCUAUCCCUCAACUCUCGUGGCCUGCUGGCCUUUGAGCACCUGCGUCUUCGCAAGGACACGCAAGCACAACCAGAUGGUGCUGAGGUUAAAGAGAGUGUAGAUGGAGAUCAGCAGCAAGACGAAGGCGAGAAGGAAGAGGAUGGAGAGAGUGAUAAAGAGGAAGACGGUCUGUGGGAAGAGACGUUUAAAUCUCAUACAGAUACCAAACCCGAUGGCCCCACAUCGAUAAGUUUAGACUUCUCCUUGCCUGGUGUAGAACAUGUAUACGGUAUUCCAGAGCAUGCUGAUAACCUUAAACUGAAAACUACAGAUGGUGGUGAUCCAUACAGGCUGUAUAACCUAGAUGUGUUUCAAUAUGAGCUCUAUAACCCUAUGGCCUUAUAUGGAUCCAUACCUGUCAUGUUGGCUCAUAACACUCAGAGGACCAUGGGUAUUUUUUGGCUUAAUGCAGCUGAGACCUGGGUAGACAUCAGUUCUAAUACAGCGGGAAAGACUGUCUUUGGUAAGAUGCUAGACUUCGUUCAAGGUUCAAGUGAGAAGCCACAGACAGACGUCCGUUGGGUCUCUGAGAGUGGUAUCAUUGAUGUCUUCAUCAUGCUCGGGCCCAAACCAUCAGAUGUCUUCUCACAAUAUGCAUCUCUCACAGGCACCCAGUCUUUCCCUUCCCUCGCCAGUCUGGGCUAUCACCAGUGCCGCUGGAAUUAUAAUGACCAGGAUGAUGUCAAAUCAGUGGACCAAGGCUUUGAUCAACAUGAUAUCCCUUAUGAUUUCAUAUGGCUUGAUAUUGAGCAUGCAGAUGGCAAGCGCUACUUCACCUGGGAUCCCCACAAGUUCCCUCAGCCUAAAGAGAUGCUUCAGGGCCUAAUGGACAAGAGACGCAAGAUGGUGGCUAUAGUAGAUCCCCACAUCAAGGUUGAUAGUGGCUACAAGAUCCACAAUGAGAUAACUUCUAAAGACUUCUAUGUUAAGAAUAAAGAUGGAAGGAACUAUGAAGGCUGGUGCUGGCCAGGAAACUCUGGUUACCCAGAUUUUNAAAACUCUCAAUCUCGGCAAAUCCCAUUGUCAUAACUUUGUUUCUUCAUGUUUCAGGGUUCAAUGGAGAAUCUUUUUACUUGGAAUGACAUGAACGAGCCGUCUGUGUUCAAUGGGCCUGAGGUCACUAUGCACAAAGAUGCACUGCAUGGAAAGUGGGAGCACAGAGACAUUCACAAUAUCUAUGGACUUUAUGUGCAAAUGGCCACUGCUGAAGGUCAGACUCAGCGAUCUGGUGGAGCUGAAAGGCCUUUUGUGCUCACCAGAGCCUUUUUUGCUGGUUCUCAGAGAUAUGGUGCUAUUUGGACUGGUGAUAAUGCAGCUGAGUGGGACCAUCUCAAGAUUUCUAUUCCCAUGUGUCUCAGUCUUGGGCUUGUGGGCGUCUCGUUUUGUGGAGCUGAUGUUGGUGGCUUUUUUAAGAAUCCCAGCACUGAACUUCUGGUUCGUUGGUAUCAGACGGGUGCGUAUCAACCUUUCUUCCGUGCUCAUGCUCACCUAGACACCACACGCAGGGAACCCUGGCUCUUUGGCCCGGAGAACACGGCGCUCAUCCGGGAGGUAAUCCGACAGCGUUAUGCUCUUCUGCCAUACUGGUACCAGCUGUUCUACCAAGCACAUAAGACUGGAAUGCCUGUCAUGAGGCCUCUUUGGGUUGAUUAUCCCAAGGACACUGCAACUUUCACCAUUGAUGAUGAAUUUCUGAUUGGCAGUGAUUUGUUGGUUCACCCAGUCACCGAAGAAGGAUCUCGUGGAGUCACAGCCUAUCUGCCUGGAGCUGGAGAGGUUUGGUAUGAUGUCCACACCUUUCAAAAACACAAUGGUGCACAGAAUCUCUACAUCCCAGUCACUCUAAGCUCUAUCCCAGUGUUCCAGCGUGGUGGCUCUAUCAUCCCUCGGAAGGACAGAGUUCGGCGGUCUUCUGCCUGUAUGGAAAAUGACCCAUACACCUUGUAUGCGGCUCUUAGCCCUAAGAAAUUUGCUGAGGGCGAGCUCUACAUUGAUGAUGGCCAUACUUUUAACUAUGGUACAAAGAAAGAAUUUAUUCACCGUAGCCUCACCUUUGCCAACAAUGCUCUCUCCUCCAGCAACCUGUGUCCAGACUGUAAUUUCUUAACCUCGUCAUGGAUUGAAAAAGUUCUCAUUUUGGGCGCUAGCAAGCCAAGCAAGGUUCUUCUAAAAAUGGAUGGCAAAGAAACCCCUGUGGACUUUGAGUUUGACACGUCCAUGUCAGUGCUAACCCUCCGUAAACCUGGGAUGAAUGCUGGGGCUGACUGGACCCUGCAGCUGCAGUAA